UUCAAGAAUAUCGGCCCAUUGGCAAUCUCCCUAUUCAUCUCUGUUUGCACGAACCCUAAAAAUGAUUACACAAUUCUGGCUGUAAAAUAUAUAGUUCAGGUUUAGACGAAUGGUGCUCGUCCACAAGAUAUUACAGAUGAGUUUAUUGGUUUAUACAUUAUCAUACGAUUUAUGGCGAUCAUUGAGGAUUGGCCCUUAAUGCCGCCUGGCGCCAUUUUCUUGGUGUACCAAAGUGAAAUGCGGCGAACUUCAUUCUACGGCUCGUGUGUGUUUCUGUUUGCGCGAAAACGUGGAGGGUAAUAAUAAAAUUCAUGAAAGUAAUACGCAGAUAUAUAAUUUCGAUAAAAAGGAUCCACUAUUUUAGCUGUGAACUAUGAAAUAUUUGUUGUCGCGAGUGUGAUACAGCAAUAAGAGUUUUAUGUAUUUAGAUAUGGCUGAGAUAGCUAAUUCCUCUGUGUUUACAAACGGUGUAGUAUCUUCGGGCACCUCAGAUCUUCUCCAGCGAGCCUUCCAGCAGGUUGUGGAUGAGGAGGAUAACGAGAAUGAUUUUGUUGCGUUUUUGCAAACUGAUAGCAAUGAAUCGCAGACAAUACAUUUGACUCAAGCGCAAGCCGCUGCACUAGGGUUAACCUUCGAGGUUGACUCGAGUGAAGAAGCUACCGAGGAGAUAUCCUAUCAGCAAGAACAGACAGGAAUGUACUGUGAUUUACAACAGGACCUUGAUGCACAUGAUGUUAAUGAAGUAAAAGAAGGAGAUUCUUCACCUACUUCGAAUACCAUUAAUAUUGAUCAUAUUAGUUUUCAAUCUAAUCUUGAACACAAUAAUGGAAUUAAACAUGUUCAGAAAUCAGAAUCUAUCAGCUUUCAAGAUUGGCCUACACAAGAUGGUAUACAAGAAGAGUCACUGGUUGAAGAAAGUAUCAAUCAAGAUAUAUCAAUGGAGGAAAUGGAAGUAUGUAAUGCUGAGAACUCUGUACAGGAUAGGAUACUAAAACAGUCGAAUAAUAUUGGUCAAAAGAAUAUUAAUUCACAAACAUUCCUUGCGCAAGAAAAAGGGAACACUAUUGGUUUGGAAGAGGCACAAGUCGUGAAUACUACAGAAAACAAUAUACAGUAUAGUUUUGAGGGAAAUCAAAUACAGGCUGCACAACUUGGAAGCAUCCCAAACUCUCAAGCACAAAUACUGCAAAGAUUACCAGUUAUCUUGUCCUCCUCACAAUUUAUUUUAAAACCACCACAGACUUUAUUAAAACCUGCAAAAAAUAUCAGGAUUCUUCCUAAUACAAGUAAAAUCACUAAUAGCACUAUUAAUACAGUGCAUUCAAUUAAUAAUUCAAGUCAAAACUCAAUUUUGCUGCCUAAAACAACAUUAUUAAACACAUUAUCACCACAGAUUAUUAAAGCAACACCUAUUACACAAUUACUAAAUACUAACAAUAUUUCUGCACAAUUAUUAAACACGUCGCAAAUACUGGCUGGUGAUAUUUCAAACCCAGUAAUAAACACAUCGCAUAUUUCUGCCUCAGCUGUUAAUGGAACACCCAUGUCAACUCAAAAUGUAUUGAAUUCGCAAAUUCGUUUAUCUCCAGCAGUAAAAUCAUCACAGGCUUCCAUACAAAGAGGCAACGUUCAACAAUUUCUUACUCCAAUUCUGAAAAACACAUCUAAUACCUCCCAGACAAUUAAGACAAGUCAAAUUUUAACAAAUGCUAAUUUAAAAACAGCUAUUUCUACACCGUUUUUGAAAUCAGUACAAAUACCAGCACAAAUGUUGAGAUCGUCUGCAAGUACUAUUAAAGGUACAAAUGCAACCUCUACGCUAUUAACGAAAACUACUGCAAAUACGAGCUCGCCGGUUGUCUUCAGAACAGCAUCUAUUGUAAAAUCUCAAGACUUAAAAACAGCCACCACAUGUUCUGCAUCCACCUUGAGACCUACGCAAAUGAUAUCGAGUCCUAUAUCAAUUUUGAAGCCACAAGCAAAAGUUGCAUUCAGUAAUUCCACAAAGCAGAAUUUGAUGCUUAACUCACAGAAUGUUGUAAGCAGCAUUUCAAGUAAUCUCCACACACCUACGACGGCUCAGACUCCAGUGGUAAAUCCUUCAAAUGAUUUUGACUGCAUAAAACCACCUCAAAAUGGUACUGUCAAGCAGAAAUCAACUGUUCCAGUCAAUUGUACAGCUGUAAAAAUUGGCAAGAAAGCAAAAAUUGUCCCAACACAAAAACCUACAGCUGUGACAACAGAAAAAAAUGACACCACUAAGCCUUUAGGAUCCAGUGAAAAUCCAAUACAAAUCGUUCAACAAGGACACAUGUUUCAUAGUAUGCAGAGACUAACUCAGUCACAACUCAAGCAAAUCACUCAUGUAUUACAGCAACGUAGUCAAGAAGUAACAAUGCCUAAUGAAAGAAUUGUAUAUAGAGUGGUAUUUCCGGAAGAAUUGGAUUUGCGGACCAGAACACCUGGGACUCUAUUGAAAGGUCGUGGUGGAAAAAGAGGUAGACCCAAAAAGAAUGCUGUGAGGCCACCUACUUUGCCGUCGAAAUCAACAACGCUUCCUGAGGACGAUCAAGAAGAGAUCAAGGAUGAACGUAAAAAGGUUGUUGCCAGAACAAGAUCUGGCAGAUUAUCUAGACCACCCAGACACAUGGUACGUGAUUACAAACAUUUACAUCAUCUAGACUUCAUGCAGCCUGAUUUGGAUGACUCCGAUGGAGGAUACAGUGACUACAAUACUAAUAGCGACAAGUUGGAAGAUGAAGAAUCACCCAAGGAACUUCUCACGGGUUUAGAAGUCCCAAAACGCAAAAUAUCAGAUCACUUUAGGUGUCCUACGUGUAACAAAAUUUAUCUGGGCAGAACGCGCAUGGCUAGACAUUUUGAAAUGCAUCCAGAUCAUGGAAGUCCAGAGCAACUUCCACCACCGACACUGGAACCAGAACUAAAACAGACUCCUGCUCAAGAUCCUUUAAAGCGCAAAGGGAAAAAACGUGGACCCUGGGCUUACGUCACGCCGGAAGCCAAAUCUGAAAGACGUCAAGUCAAAUUAAAGGAAGCUAUUUCCGUCUGUGAAAAUCUUGAAAUAAUAAAAAUCGCAGCUAAACCAGUGCUCAAUGCUAAGUCAUUGUUCGAGUUGUUGAUAUUAAAAUCGGAUAACAACGUGAGGACAUUCCUGGAUGAGUUGAAAGAAUUGAUGAAUAAAAUUCGAGAAAAGGCUGGUGCGAUGUUGACUGUUGUUAGAGAUGUGGACAAACCAGACAAGGAUGUAAUUAACCUUACUGAAGAGUUACUUUGCGAUGCUCUUGGACUUAAUCCGGGGCGUUACAAGAUAAAUAAUGGAGCUCUUAAGAAAGAAGAGGAAACUGUAACAGCGAGUAUUGAAGAACCCCCCUUGAAGUUGCAAAAGGUAGAGAAUUCAGAGGAAGGUAAGGAAAAUAUUGAUGAGAGAUUGUCCAGUGGAUUUUCAGAAAGCUCGGAUCUUAGUGUAUCUGAAUUUUUGACCGAGAGGAAAACUGAUUCCGGGGUGAGUUCGAAUUGUCCUGAAGUACUCACGGCUCUCACAUUAAUGCCGCGAAAUCCCAGUCAAGUGAACAACAACGAGAAUUCUAAAUCAAGUAGCCAUAUUUCGAAGCUAUUGAUCUCCAGUCCGAGUAUUCAAAAUAAAUUAACCGAUUCCUCUGGAUUCCAAAAAAUCGAUAUGAACAGCAGUAAGGUUGGAGAAAACAUAGAAAAUGCAAGUUGCUCUCAAGUAUUUGACAAAUUGGAUAGUUUCGGACAGGAAAAAUUGGAGCCUCUCGAACAAGCUUUUAUCAAGCUAGAACGCAUGGAUCAUGAUUUUGUGAAGAUAGAAAAUGGUACGAUUGGUAUUUACGAAAAACAGAAUUCACAGAGUUUUAAUAAAAUUCAAAAUAAUUUUGAUAACAUUGAAAAUGGCUCACAGAAUUUCACCAAAGGAUUCCAAAAGUUGGUAUCCAAAACAGUUUCAAUCAGCUGCUCCGACUUAACGGGCGCCAAGACUGAGGGAAUGUCAUUAGAAAAUAGUUCCUCCAAAUUAUUAUCAACCACGGCAAUUUGCAAAAUCUCAGACAGUUUGCCAAUUUUACAAGACACUGUACCAAUAAUUUCCAGCGGUUGUGAUUCCAGUAUAUUUGGUAGUACAGAGAAUCUGGACAUAUCGAAAAUUAGUAACUAUGAUCACAUUACUCAUUUAGAUAUCCUAAAUACCAGUGGUGUAAUUGACAAAAAUUUAUUGAUCGAUGAAAAACUGGUCGAACAAUUACAUUUAGUUGAUCAAACAAAUUUAGUUGAUGAGUUAGUGUCGGAACGAUUAAAAAACAUAAUGCCUGAUAAUAUUUUGGAGAACAGUUUGAUGCCAAACAAUUCCAAUUUGGAUACAGAUUUAGAUUUUGAAGCAUUGAGUGAGGAAUUUAACAGAAAUACCAGGAGUUGAUUCUUGGGAUGCAUUUCCAUAAUUCCUCCUGUAGAGUACAGAAGUUCUUGUACAGUGUAUAGAAGAAAAUGAUGGCAUUUUUUCACGACUACUUGUAGAUGAUGGUAUAAAGAUAUCUCUCAUGAAAUAAUCCCCUUUGAAUAAGAAACCUAUUUUUUCAUUUUGUCCUAUUACUUUUGUACAUGUUGAUUGAGAUAUCAAGCGACAAAUAUUCGUAAAAACGUUAUUGUUAUGCUCCUGUAUAUAAACACGAUACUUUUAUAUAUUUUUUUUUAAUAUGUAAAUCCAGUGAUCCACAAAGACAUAAAACGGCCUUUUUAGAAGGAUCGAUAUUUUUAUCUUUGGAUAUAAUAUCUAAUCAAUCAGUUUGGUAUUUUACUAAGAUACUUUGAUCAUUGGAUCCUGUGACCUAACGUUAUAUUUAGUUUAGAUGCUAUUAAGUUAUUUCUGUAAAUAUUCUGUAAAGAAAGAUAAAAAGUACGUUUUAUUCUACACUGUGGUACAUAUAAUCAGAAUUCAUAGUUUCAUCGAAAGAUAAUCUGUCUCAUAUUUGUUACGUGGAAUUGAUCAUAUACAGCAUAGUGAGAUUAGUUACAGUGAACAGUCAAAAGAUUAAGAAAAACAAUUUAUAAAUAAAAUCUUUUAUUUAAGUA